AUGGGCGAUAAAACGGAGAAACCGCGAAAAUACAACAAGAACGGGUGUUUGACUUGCAAGCAACGAAAGCGCAAAUGCGAAAAUGAGACCUGGCCAUGUAAGCUGUGCUUGCGGCUUGGUCUUAGGUGCAGUGGAGCGGCUGAUACCGCGGCCUCUGCCGAAUUCUUGUUAACGAAGGAAAUCGAUGCUUUCGACGAGCUCAAGGAAGCGGAAAAAAUGUACAUGAAAUAUUUUGUCAACGAGGUGGCACCGAUCUUAUUCACCAAAAACCACGCCCAUGUGUUUCUCAAGCAGGUAGUCAAUCUGGCGUUCCUGUAUCAGCAGGUCAGAAACCCUAUUUUGGGGAUCGCUGCCACACACCGCUCUUGCAAGUUAGACCAUGAGCUGUCCUCCGUUCGUGAGCUCAGUCCGGCCUAUCGAGACUCGAUCACCUACCGCGCUCGCUCGAAACUGUCUGAAUACCCCCAGUGCUCAGAUGAGAUUGAGCUUCUUUCCGUGUUGUUGUCUGUGAUGAUGGAAAUCCUCGUUGGAGAUAGUCUUGACUGGUUUCAGUUGCUUCAACGCGCUUACAGAAUUCUCGAGAGGUGUGGUGGUAUUUUUUCUCUUACAAACGACAAGGACGACCAGCUAAAGCUGAUCAGCGUUCAGCUCUUUUGUUAUCUGGAUUUUGUGUCUAGUUUGAGCACAUGCAACCCGCCAUAUAUCGAGAUGCAGCAAAUGAAUCAGUUUGAAACUAGCGACAGCAUAUCCGAAUCCCUGGAGGAGUUCGAUAUUGAGGGUCUGGUAGAUGAGAGUCUACUGUCGAAUACAGAAAUAAACUCGCGGUUUGUCUCGUCGCUACUGAGUGACAGCGACACUUCAAAUAUACUCAAAAUUGAGCUCGGGUUCAAGUUUGGCAUUGCGGGUGACAUAUUCAAGAUCAUGGGCAAGAUAUCUGCCCUGGCAAGUCUCCGCAAGCUACGUGGAAAAGACAGCAAGUACGAUAUCGAGUUCAAUCGGUUUGCCAGCGAGAUAGAGAUGAAGUUGCAAAAUUGGGAUGUCCCUGAGGAAAUUAAUUUUGAAAACAUCUCGGAUUUUCAGAGGACGCAAUACGCGUUGGCAUUGCAAUGGGCUUGUUUCUUGCGGUUGCAUCAGAUACGCUACGGAUACAACAGGGACGACUCGAGGCCUAAGGGGUGUCUGAUUAACAUUCUGCAGGCUAUCGAGUCCAUUCCUGAAGGGUCACAGCUGGAAAGUGGACUAAUGGUCCCUCUCAUUCUUGCUGGCUCCGUGGCCAGUCGGGAAGAUGACCGUAGACUCAUACUGAAGAGGAUGAGGAAUAUCAGAGGAACGCUGAAGUUUCCGUACAUUCAGCGAUUUGAGAUGCUGCUGAUGAGAAUCUGGGAGCGGGACUCGCUGGAUGGCAAUUUUGUGAACUGGGCAGCCGUCAGAUACUACGAGUUUCCAGGGCUGGUGAUGUUUUAG